AUGCGUUUCACCUCUGUGGCACAUCCCCAAACCAAUAGCCAGGUUGAGGCCGCCAACAAAAUCAUCAAGAAGCUGCUAAAAAAGAAGUUAGAGGACAAGAAAGGUCUAUGGGCUGAAAAGCUCCCGGAAGUUCUAUGGGCCAUCAAGAGAACGCCAACAUCCGCCAGCGGUGAGACCCUCUUCUGCAUGAUGUUCGGUACAGAUGCAGUCCUCCCCAUCAAAGUAACCCAACCUACGGCCAGGGUUGAAUGUUAUGACACCACGACAAAGUUUGAAGGAGUCAACCUCGACAAGGACCUACUUGAAUAA